AUGGACCGUCCUGACUCUACUUCCACCCCUGAUACAGAAGCGUCUAGGUCUGGUGGCUACUUUUCUUCUCAUCCGCCGUACGCCGUUCCAGAGCGUGAGUACGCCAACGGCCGGCAACAGCCAGAGGGCAUUCAAACCACAGAAACCCCGCGCUCGUCGAACGCAGGGUUUUCAUCUGUCCCAGUCCCAGCUUCCCAGUCAGCUUACUCGUCAUGGUCUCCAAUUCUGACUCGACCUCGGGGUAGCAGUGGCAGCGGUGCUUCUAUGAACGGGCUUGAAACACCUCUUCCUCCAGACAUGCCCGCCAUCAACGAUCGUGACGUGAGACCUCAGCGUCCGUCUGGGCCUGCAAGGACCCCUUCUAACACAUAUGCCCCUGCCCGGAAGCCCCCUCAAUUCACCCCGCUUCCCUCUAACAACCAGAUACCCGUUGCUACCAAACGUCCAUCACGGCGAGACCCUGAUGCGAGAUAUCGUGCCCAAGAGAAGGCCUACGUGCAACGAGUGCGCCAGGGACCUAAUGAAUGGUUCAAUUUUGAAACUCAGAUCCCCGGCCUAAAUUUUACCCCAGAUUCCGAACCGGAGGAAGAAUCUCCAUCAUCAGAGUCGCAAUUUGAUAAUGACCCUUUCGAUCCGGACACCCACCUCGUCUUGGAAGAUGACGAUGCCCAGCCCACCCUUGAGGAGCUGCAGGAUCCCAAAAAUAAAGAAAGGCUUGAGUGGUAUUCCAUGCUGGCCUCGGUGCUUAAAGGUGAUGUUAUCAGGCAGGAGAAGCAGAGGCUGAUUGGGACGAUGGAGCAGAAAAGCCGCGAGGUAUGGAAUUUGGAAAUUUUUGUCGGGGCCAGAGCAGCGAGGUUUGGACGGCCGAUACCCUUACAGAAAAAAUUCGUGGAGUGUCAGAUAAGCAAUCUUGGCCCUCUAAUCGAGGACAUCAUAUCCUUUGAAAUCAAAGGGGAAACUGAAGUUGGGAAACCUCCUCUGAAACAAGUUGAAGAUGUCGUGGAGAAGAUCGAAAAGUGCGAGAGCCUCUACCCUAGUAGGCGAAUUCUACAAGCGGAGCAUCCUCGCGCUGCAUCGGAAGAAUUCCAAGAAAGUUGUGAGGCCAUCAUCGCGUGGCAUAAUACAACCAUGUCCAUUAACACAGAGCUAGCCAUCCUGAAAAGAUGGGUAGGUAAUGAAGAACUGGAUUUCGCGAAGCCGAUGACGAUGCCGUCCCAUGCGGCUGAUCUAUCAGACGAAGGCUCCUUCCUCGACCGGAUAAUGAAGGAAGACGGUCUUAAAACACUUCAAAGCACCGAGAACAUAUACGAUAACGAUAAGAAAAAGGAGCCUUCUAUCCUGGACGGUAUUGGUGGUGUCAUUAAAAAGGCGAAAAUUACCUUAAUUGAGAACGCUGAAGCAUUUGCAAAACGCCAUUUACCACCCUACAUCGAGGAGCUGUUGACGCUGAUAAACUUCCCUUCGCGACUUAUUCAGGAGGUCAUCCGACUGCGGCUUUCCUAUGCUCGAAAAAUGAAGGACCCCGCAUUGCAAUCUCCCAUCUUAGUUGACCAAAUGAUCGUACAGUUCCAAAUAUUGCUGAAGGUUGCCGUAGAUAUUAAACAACGUUACCUCGUUAUCUCUGAUCCCGAACCUGGUUGGGAUCUUCCACCAUGCGUUGAUGAGAACUUUGAUAACAUUGUCGUUGAUGGACUGAAGUACUAUUUCAAAUUACUAAACUGGAAGCUGAGUGCCAAUAAGAACACUUUUAAAGAGGCGGAAAUUCUGGAAGGGGAAUGGGAGUUCUCCAAUGAAAUUGGCCGCCAACUUGAGAAUGGAGACAUUGAGGUGGCUGAACAAUUUAGUACUUUAACAGCUAAAUCCCUACAACGAUUGAUGAUCCACUUUGAGCGGGAGUUACAUAGUAGACCGGAAGAAGAUGCUGUCGAGACAGAGAAACGUUACAAGCAAAUUUUUGAUUCGGUGCGGGUUCGGCAGCGAAAGCUUUUCCGCUUUUCCCGUCUUUUGCGCCAGCGAUUCGAGAAUGCAACAGAAUUCAAUUUACGGGAAGAUAUGGUUGAAACCUUGUCGGAGGCUCUCCUGGCCUCGGGUCAUUUCUUAGUUACUUCGAACGAUUCCGUGGGCCAGAAAGGUGUUCAUUUGAUUGGAUCGCCUUCACUAUAUGGGAGACCGAAGGAUAUCCAGUCUAUCCUAGGCACGUCUUUCCGUUCUGAGGACUCUCCUGAGGACCCUUCCAAUCCCUACAUUCUUGUCGUUCGCCCUGAAAAGGGAUUCAGUUGGAAUGGCAAAAGGAUGGAAGUGGACCUUUUGGAACAUCCAACCGAUGUCAGAUAUGGCAAGUUACGUCUCGUUGCGGACGGAUCUCAACAACGGCUUCAGAAUGCCCGCCUCGCUCUGACUAGACAUACUGGGCUACAGCUGGAUAUUACCAUCGAACAGCGCGCCAACCUGGGUCGAGUGAACGUUGAACUGAACAAGAUCAAGAAGACUGCAUAUAAACUUUCAACGGGUAUCAUUGACAGCGUCGAAAUCAUCAGGCGACAGAGCAAAAAUGCAGACAAUCACGAACUCAUCCAAUCCUGCUUCGCAUUCGCGACGGAAUUUGGCAAGCGAUCUUUGAUGUAUAUGGACGCCAGCCGACGUUCGUUGAACCAUUCCAAGCUUAUCAAUUUGGCGCUCGAUUGGGUUUCCUUCAUAUGUGACGAUUGCGACGCUGCAGAUCGCAAAACUUUCAAGUGGGCUGUUGCCGCUCUUGAAUUUGCUAUGAUUGUAACUCAUGGGCAGAACGUACUUGCCAUCAGCAACGAAGAUUACUGUCACCUCCGUCUUAAAGUUGCUGGCUGCAUGUCACUUUUAAUCUCCCAUUUCGAUAUCAUGGGCGCGAGAUCAUCGUUAGCUGCACAAGCUGAGCAACAACACGCGGAUCCCUCGGGACAAGGGUUCAGAAAACUGGAUCUGAGCCGGAUUACAGAUGAUGCGCAGGCAUCACAAGAGGUACAAGAAAGACGGGAGCAGCUCUUCGCGGAAAUUGACCUGGCUAGAAUCGAGGCUGAUGCGAAGCGUCAAGCUCUGGGCAAAGUUCUGGAAGGCGUCAAUGAAGCAGAUCGAUCCGUCACUUUUCUGUCAUCAUCGGCGACAAAUAUCACAAUGCGAUGGCAACAAGGCCAGUUUAUCGGUGGAGGGGCAUCUGGCUCAGUCUAUGCUGCUAUUGAUUUGGAUACCAGCUACCUGAUGGCUGUGAAGGAAAUACGCCUCCAGGAACCGUCCUUAAUCCCAGGAGCCGCGCAGCAAAUCCGGGAUGAGAUGGGUGUUCUCGAAGUGCUCGACCAUCCCAAUAUCAUUUCGUACUACGGCAUUGAGGUGCACCGGGAUAAGGUAUAUAUUUUCAUGGAGUACUGCUCUGGUGGAUCUCUCGCAAACCUUUUAGAGCAUGGCCGUAUCGAAGACGAGACGGUCAUCAUGGUAUACACCCUCCAGAUGCUGGAGGGUUUGGCUUAUCUCCACCAGGCUGGCAUUGUCCAUCGGGAUAUAAAACCAGCUAAUAUCUUGCUCGACCAUAACGGAGUUAUCAAAUACGUGGAUUUCGGUGCGGCAAUGGUCAUCGCCCGCCAGGGCAAAACCUUGGCUGCCAUGGAUCAUUACUCGUCUCACGCACGAGAUGGAAAGGGCCAUGUGAAGGACGCAUCCGGGCAGAGGAAGAACCACAAGUCAGUAACAGGCACUCCUAUGUACAUGUCGCCGGAACUGGUCAGAGGAGAAGUCGGCCACACCUCUGGCCGCCAUGGUUGCAUGGACAUUUGGUCUCUUGGUUGUGUUAUCCUCGAAAUGGCCACGGGCAACCGACCCUGGGCAGGUGUUGACAACGAAUGGGCCAUCAUGUACAAGAUUGCACAGGGUAGCCAGCCGCAACUUCCCACACCAGACCAACUUAGCCUGGAAGGUAUCGAUUUCAUCAAGCGAUGUUUUGAGAUAGACCCCGUCAAGCGGCCAAGUGCGACAGAACUUCUCCAGCAUGAGUGGAUUGUCAACAUUAGGCAGCAGGUCGUUGCUGAGCCUCAAACCCCUAGCAGCGACGGAUGGAGCACUAGUGGUAGUUUACCGCCGAGUGGUGUGACUACUCGGCAAAACUCAAGCAACUUGCUUUGA